AUGCCCGAGAUCCCCGGGGAGGGGGGGUGGCGGCAGGGGGGCGCCCAGCAGAACCCCGGCGCACUCGGCGCACGCGGGGCCGAGGCGGCGCGCCGCGGCCCCGGGGUGCGCGCGUUUUUGGGGGGGGGUUUCUCUCGUCCCGCAGCGCCCGGCGGCCUCGACUGCGCGGCCUCGCGCCAGGCCGCCUGCGGCGCCGCCUGCGUCCCCGUGCCCUGGCUCUGCGACGGGGAGCGGCAGUGCCCCGACGGGACGGACGAGCGGUGCGACGCCGCCUGCGCCGGAGACCCCCACGCCUGGCAGUGCGACGACGGCCGGUGCGUCUCCAGCGGCUGGCGCUGCGACGGCGCCACCGACUGCCCCGACGGCUCGGACGAGCGGGACUGCGUGUGCGGGGCCAAGAAGGUGCAGUGUCCCGGCACCCACCACUGCAUCCCGCGCUGGGAGCUCUGCGACCGCCACCGGGACUGCGAGGACGGCUGGGACGAGGAGGGCUGCCCGCUGCGGCCCUGCCUGCCGGGCCAGUGGCAGUGCAGGAACCGCGUGUGCGUCGCGGCCGAGUGGAAGUGCAACGGCGUCGACGACUGCGGCGACUCCUCCGACGAAGACGUCUGCGCCCCCUGCCCCGCCGGCAUGGUGCGCUGCGACGAGGGCAAGUGCAUCCUGGAGGCCCUGAUGUGCAACGACGAGGACGACUGCCUGGACGGCACCGACGAGCCCGGCACCUGCGGACGGAGCUGCUUCGUGCGCAACGGGGGCUGCGCGGAGACCUGCACGGACACACGCUGGGGCGUGCGCUGCUCCUGCGGGGCCGGCUGGGAGCUGCAAGCCGACGGGCAGAGCUGUGCCGACGUGGACGAGUGCGCCCUGCCCUACGGCCCCUGCAGCCAGCUGUGCAGCAACGCGCCCGGCGCCUUCAGCUGCGCCUGCCUCCCGGGCUACGCGCUGCGGCACGGCGCCGCCUGCGAGGUGGCAGACAACGCCACGCAGCUCCUCGUGGCCGUGGGGCAGGACCUGGCUCUGCUGGACGCCCGGACCCGAACUUACCGGCCCCUGCUGGCCACCGAGACGGAGCCGCGCGCCCUCGCCUACGACCUGCUGCGGGAAACCUACUACUGGCUCACGGAGGAGGGCGAGCUCCGCGCCCGCCAUCCCGACCGGGGCGCCCAGCCCCUCUACCCAGAUGCCGGGGAGGUCAACAGCAUCUCGGUGGACUGGUUCACGGGGCAGCUGUACUGGGCCAGCAGCCGUCCCGCCGCCAUCUGUGCGGGGCUGGGCGACGGCCGGGGCUACGUGACGGUGCUGGGCAAGGACGUGGCCCCUGAGCAGCUCGUGGUGCACCCGGCCGCCCGGUCCCUGUACUGGGUGAACCGCGGGCAGAGGGGCCGCACGGUCGUUGCCGCGGCGGGCAUGGACGGCUCGGACCGGCGGGAGCUCACCGUGGUGUCCAUGGAGGAGCCGGUGGGGCUGAGCCUGGACCACGCGGCCGGCAGGCUCUACUGGAUCAGCGAGUACAAGGAGUCCAUCGAGACACUGAAGGUGGACGGCAGCGGGCGCCACUCCUUCCCCGCGGUCCUGCGGAGCCACGCGGAGCCGCUGGGCCUGGCCGCGUUCGAGAGCCGGUUCUUCUGGGCCGACGGCACGGAGCUCGUUUCGGCCGCCCAGGCCUCCCCCCGGGAGCAGGCGGUGCUGCUCCGCGCCCCCGUCUCGGCUUUCACCGUGCUGCACGCCCUGCGGCAGCCUCCCCGGGACACCGCCGCGUGCGCUCCAGGCCUGUGCAGCCACCUCUGCCUCCUGUCGCCGGUGCACCCUCAGGGCUACAAGUGCGCGUGUCCCGAGGGGCUCUUCCUCCUGCCCUCGGGGAAGUGUGCAGAGCUGUCCAUCGUGUACGCGGAGGAGAAGGCCAUCUCCCUGGUGCAGGUGGGCCCCGGUGCCCACAGCCAGCUGGUGCAGGUGUGGCUGGAGCACCUCCACCUGCAGGACAUGGACUGGCAGAGGUCAGUGCUCUACGGGACGGAUGACCGUGGGACACUGCUGCGUGUGGUGGGACACCCGGGGAGGAGAGAAGCCAUCUCAACCGGGCUGCCAGUUUGCUCUGCCCACGUGGACAUACGCUCUGGGGACCUGUACUGGCUCGCAUGUAACCGGAAGGACGUUGGAGUUAGCCGGGCGCCUGGCAUGGCCCCCCACAUCCUGCACCGUGCCCGCAGCAGCAUCCAGCACCUCUUCCUGGACUGGCAGCGAGGUGCUCUGUACUGGCUGGCGCAGGGGCUGCCCCUGCAGCAGCUCAGCCUGGCCGGGGGCACGCCGCAGGAUGCCUGGAACGAAACGUGGCCCGAAGAGCUGCCUGCAGCCAUGGAUAGCAAGGCCUUCAGCUUGCUCUGGAGCUCAGCCUCGGGCCUGUGGGCACUGAGUCUGACCAAGAGGCAAGCAGUCACCCUGGUACCCAGCUGGCCCCACGGCCUCGUGGCUGCCUUCGAGCCCUACUUGGUGUCAACAAAUGGGACGGCUUUGCUGCUGUGGGACCGGAGGACGCUGACCCUUGUGCUCUCCAUACCAGCAGUGGGUGUGCAGGGAGUGGUGACCUUCGUGGGCACGGAGCUGCAGGCUACACCAGUGCCUCUGCCAGCACCAACGAACAAGGAGUCUGCCCUGCCCCUCCCUCCGCUUGUGACCACCAGUACAACGACAACCACAACCACCACUACAGCUCAGCCCACCACCUCCACCACAAGGCCUACAACAAGCAAGACUACUACUGUGCCAGUCACUGUUCAUGUAGCAACCAGUAAGGCCACCGUAACACCAACCACCACUGCCCGGCCCACGCCAACCAAGACUACCUCAGCGACAAGAACCACUACCACCCGAUCCACACCAACCAAGACCAUCCCUGUGUCAACUACUACAACCACCCGACUCAGUGCCUGGGCAACGCCAACCAAGACAACCUCUACACUGCCAACCAAGACCACUCUUACGCAAUCAACCACUACCACCACCACUACCACCACCACUACCACCAGUCGGCCUUCAUCAACCAAGACCUCUGCCAUGCAGCCAACUGCCACCACCUGGCGCAUAACCAGCCCUGCACGGGUUGUGCCCCCAACCCCCAAGCUCUCACCAAGCCCUCCACAUUCCCCAACCCCUGUCCCCCACCUGUCCUGUCCCCGCACGCAUGUGCUCUGCCGCGACGGCACUGAGUGCGUGGCCCAGGAGUAUGUGUGUGAUGGGGAGAAGGAUUGCGUGGAUGGCUCUGAUGAGGAUGGCUGUGCCCAGCUCUGUGACACCCCAGGGGCCUUCCGCUGUUCGAGCGGGGCUGCGUGCGUGCGCCCUGGGGAGCGCUGCGACGGGGUGCCGCAGUGCCCCGAUGCCUCGGACGAGGCGGGCUGCUGGAGCCCCACGCGAGACUGCGCCCUGCGCUGCGACGCUGCCGCCCGCUGCGUCCCCGAGAGCUGGCUCUGCGACGGCCACGCCGACUGCCUGGACCGCGCCGACGAGCGGGGCUGCGUGCCGAAGGAGUGCAGCCCGAGCGAGUUCGCCUGCCGGAGCGGGCAGUGCGUGGCCGCGGCCCUGCGCUGCGACGGCGACCGGGACUGCCGGGACGGCUCGGACGAGGAGGGCUGCGCCGUGCCGCGGCCGCUGCUGUGCCGCCCCGGCGAGCUGCCGUGCCCCCGGAGCGGGCAGUGCGUGCCGGAGGCCUGGCGCUGCGACGGCACCCCCGACUGCGGCGAUGGAGCGGACGAGCAGGGCUGCGCCGGGGAGGAAAAGCCGUGCGGGGAGCAGCAGUGGGGUUGCUCCGGCGGCCGCGGGUGCGUCCCCGACGCCUGGCGCUGCGACGGAGAGAGCGACUGCGCGGACGGCAGCGACGAGGCUGGCUGCCCGCCUGCUCCCUGCCAGAGCCACGAGCACCCGUGCGGGCUGGGGAGCUGCGUGAACGCAUCCUUGGUGUGCGACGGUCGUCAAGACUGCGCGGAUGGCUCAGACGAGGGAGGCAACUGCUCCGUGCCCUGCCAGCUGCCCUGCUCUCACCUCUGCCACCCCUCGCCCCAGGGGCCAAAGUGCCAGUGCCCCCCGGGCUAUCGGCUGGCUGAGAAUGGCGUGUCCUGCACAGAUGUGGAUGAGUGCAGGGAGGAGGGUGAGAGAUUCUGCAGCCAGACCUGCCUCAAUGCCCCGGGGAACUACAGCUGUGGCUGCCUCCCUGGCUACCUGCUCGAGCCCGAUGGCCAUAUCUGCAAACUCACUGGACCGGAGCCCACAUUGCUGGUGGCCAUGCAGUCAGAGGUGCUGUCCUACGGGCUGCGGAGUGGGCGUGAGGAGGUGCUGCUGGCCACCGACAAGGAGCGCGUCAUCUUCUCACUCGAUUAUGACCCAGUGGAAAGGAAGGCUUUCUGGGUGGACCUGGGCACGGAGAGCAUCCGCUGGCAGGGCCUCGACUCGGGCAAGAAGGGCACACUGGUGAAAGGUGUGAGAUCAGACUGCAUCGCUGUGGACUGGGUGGGGAGGAACCUGUACUGGACAGAUGGGGUGGCAGGACAGGUGCUGGCCACCCGCCUGGGGGCUGCCUGGCGAGGGGUCCCAGAGUACACCGUGGUGCUGGAUGGAGACCUGGACCAGCCCCACUCCCUGGUUCUCCAGCCUCCGGCAGGGCUGCUCUACUGGUCAGAGGUGGGGAGUCACCCACGGCUGAUGGAGGCCGCCAUGGAUGGGAGCCGUCGGCGUACACUGCUGGCCCAAGGGCUGGGCUGGCCCACCGCUCUGGCCCUUGACCUCCCUGGCUGGAGGAUCUUCUGGCUGGAUGAGAAGCUGGGCAGCAUCGGCUCAGUGCACCUGGAUGGCACCGACAUGAAGGUGCUGCAGCUGAGCUGGGUCCAGAGCCCCUUUGCGGCAGCUGUGUGCGAAGGAGAGCUGUACUGGUCAGAGAAAAAGGCAUGGACAGUGCAGCGAGUGGACAAGGCCACUGGCAAGAACAGGACUGUAGUGCUCAAGCGACAUAGGCAGCCCCACGGUCUCCAGGUGAUGCACCCAAUGCUGCGACCAGCGUUCCCCAACCCGUGCGCAGCGCGUGGCUGCUCCCACCUGUGUCUGCUGAGCACUCGGCACACCGGGCAGUGCCGGUGCCCUGCUGGGCUGACGCUGGCAGCUGACGAGACCACCUGCCUCCCCCUCCACGAUUCAGCCUUUGCCCUUCUGGUGGCACCAGCAGCUGUGACCCAGGUCUACCUGAAGGACCUGCCUGCCACGGCUGGAGCCCAGAGCCUUCCCCCACACCGAGCCCUCCCCUUGGCCAAGGUGGGCCCGUUGACAGCCAUUGACUACACAGUGAAGGAUAAGAGCCUGUAUUUCGCAGAGGUGGGGGGCCGCUCCAUCGGGCUGCUGCGCCUGAAGGACUCAGGCCGACUGUCCUGGAAGCGAGCGGUGGCUGUGGAGGGCACAGUGGUGUCCCUAGCCCUGGACUGGCCGAGCGGGAACCUGUACUGGAUCGGGGGGCAGCCGCCCCUCAUUAGCGUGGCGGCUCCUGGGGGUCGCUGGGCCCUGGUGCUGCUCAGCGAAGGGCUGCAGGGCGCUGCCUGGCUGACGCUGUGUCCUCGUGCCUCCACCAUGUGCUUCGUCACAGCAGCGGGCAGCCGGGGGCUGGGGGCCACGGUGGAGUGCGCGGCCAUGGACGGCACCAGCCGCAGGACAGUCUGGAGGAGGGCCCGGGCUCCCGUUGGCCUCACCUUUGGAGGCGCUGGCACCCGGCUGUACUGGGCAGACCGUGAGAGAGGAGUGAUCAACAGCAUGGAGCUGGACGGCUCCCACUUCCGUGUGGUGCGGGAAGGGCUGCACGGCCUCUCGCUCUUUGCCAUUGGAGAUGGCUUCCUGCUCUGGACCACUGCUUCGACCAACGGCUCCAGCAAGGUGUGGCACAGCCGGUUGGAGCGGGCCGAGAGCUGGUGGUUCCCGAUGGAGCAGGACCUGCUGGCCGUGAGAAUUUACAGCCAGUUCUCGCAGGAAGGCACCAACGGCUGUGCAGAGAGAAAUGGGGGCUGUGCCCAGCUCUGCUUGCCCAACCCUACGGGGCGGCUGUGCCGCUGCUCAGCCGGUUACCGCCUGGUGCACGGGACAGAGUGCGUGCCAGCCCCCCCGUGCCUGGCCCCGCUCCAGGCCUGCUAUGACCUCCAGAGUUGCUUCUCCAGAGAGCAGGCCUGUGAUGGGCACCCAGACUGCGCGGAUGGCUCUGAUGAGCUGGACUGUCCCUCUGCAGCAGUGGAGACACAGCUUCCCACAGCAGCACCAUCAGGGACACCCCGUGCGGAGGGAGAGGAGAAACCACCCUUACCUACAACCACACCCAGUCCUCAGCAGCCCAUUCCCAGUCCGCCUGCAGCACCCAGCCCCCGGGAGCACGGGGAGCCCUUCCUGGUACCCCCAAGCACCGAGGAGGUGCUGGGGGCUGUGCCGUGCAGCAGUGAGACCUGUAAUCUGCGCGGGGAAUGCGCCAUCGAGGCUGGGCGGGUGACGUGCCACUGCGCUCUGGGCUACCGCGGUGACUACUGCGAGGAGGCAGAGGUGCAGCCUAUGGCGGGUCCCAUCGCCCUGGGGGUGGCCGUGCUCCUGCUGGUCAGCGCAGCCUCUGUGGGGGCCCUGGCCUACAUGCGGAGGAGGGACAGCCGGAGGAGGACCUCCAGCACUGCCUCUACCCGAGCACUGACCCUGUACCACCGCGAGAGUGACCCUGAGGAAGAAGAUGAGGAGGAUGAAGAGCUUCCCCCCAAGAGCGAUACCUUUGUGAAUGAAGCUUAUGAUGGGAAAGCGGAGCUGCCAGCCCCACUGGGGAAGGGACCAUCUCGCCCCUGAGACUGUAUCUCCAUAAAGGAACAUUGUGCAGCA